UCAAAAAACUUCUCGACUAUCCACGUAUUAGAGGGAACACGUAAGCUUGGUCAGCUUAUUGUUGAAUCAAUAUAACCAGUCGUUGUCCUCUUGUUAGGUGAUAUUUUACGAAUUUUAACUAAACAUCACCUCGUACAUUUUAUUAAAGUGAAAAUAAAAAAGAAAUUAAACAAAAAUGAGCCGUUUAGAUGAUCUUUUUGGAAAGAAGCGCGAUGUGGUCCUUGUAUUGGAUCUCUCAAAGCAAAUCAUCACAUCGAGAGAUGACUUCAAGAGACUCCUGGAGAAGGUUCCCGACUACAAGAUGCGCCCCAUAAAGGUACGUUCGGAUGAGAUAAAGAUUAAAGAGAAAGAUUGGUCAUUUAAGAUGCCACGCAAAGAGCUAACAAUGCUCCUCAGAACUGGUGGUGUCCGAGACGUUCCUCAUCAAUAUCUCGAUCCAAUUCCAACGGAAAUGCGAGGUGUGACCGUUGCGGAACUCUGCCCCGUGUCCAUUGAUUGGAAAAUGCUCACCACCCUGCGACCACGUACAAAGGUUGAAGAAGACUUCUUCAGUCGACUCGUUGAACUGGGGAAGCUCCAAUUGCGUACGGAAACGCGCGAUAAGAGAGCAAAUCUCCUCAUUGCCUCGCAGAGACGGACAAAAAAUCGCAACGGUGUCGUUGAGACGAGAAUAUUUUCUUGUGCUGAAUGUUUGGAAGAAUUCUGCACGGGGCGUGGAUGUACGGACUACAAUUAUGAUUUCUACAUGAGAACACCCCCAAUUGCCGUUACGGGGCCCACAGAGGUUCAUACAGCCAAGAAAUCCGGGAAUGCUGAGAGAAUUUUUGCCAGUCUUACGACACCAAAGGGCAAGCGAAAUGCUCCUGGGAAAAAACGUCGCGGAGGACGUAAGCGGAGCCCCUCGAAGAAGGGUCAAAAGCAUUCCAAGGGAGAUUAGGAGGAUAAUUUUGAGAUUCUUAAGUAACAUAAAUUAGUAAAGAAAACUGAUAGAAAAAAAAUGUUGCGUGGUUUUUGAAUAUGUUUUUCAAUGCAUAUAAGCUUUGCUUUGUAAGAAAUUAAUAAUAAACUAAUCUCUUAAA